GCUAGCUAGUUAGCUUAUAUACCUUCCUCCUACACAAAUUAUAUAUAGCUACUUUUAUGAUCAUCAGAUUCCAAGCGUGCAUAGAUUUAUAAAGAUCGAUUGAUAGGAUGAAGUUUAUGAGUAGUUUUCAGUGUUUGAUGGGGGGGAAUGGGGUGCAAUUCCAAGACUCCCUGUCCUCUUCGGUGGUGUCGUCAUCCCUUGUGUUACUAGAUAAUAAUAACGAUACUACUAGUUCUAAGAAGAUGAUGAUGAAGAAGAAGAAGAAGAAGAAGAAAAAGAAGAAGCAGGAGGAUAGAAAAGUAAUCAAGGUGUUCAAACCAGAUGGGGAGAUUAAUCUUUAUCACAAGCCCAUCAGGGUAUCAGAGGUUAUGACUCAAGACUUAAUGGUUUGCAGAUCAGAUUCGUUCUACAUAGGACAGAAGAUCCCUCCUCUAUCCCAACACGAUCGCCUCCAGCCUGGUCACACCUACUUUCUUCUCCCAACUCGUCUCUUCCACUCAGUUCUCUCCUUUGUCACUAUUGCAUCCUUUGCCAAUUCUUGUCAACAUCAAGAUCACAUGGAUGAUAGUAAUGCCAACAUAAUGAAGAUGAAGGCUGCAUUUCUCAAGAAGGCUGCUGCAAGCUCAUGCUCACCCUUUGAUAUCCAAAAAACCUCAUCAGGGACUCUCAGGAUUCGGGUAUCAGAAAUAUUCAUAUCCCAGCUGAUGAUGGACCAACCAAAUAAGGAAUUGAUAGAUCUGGAAACGGAUUUGCUGUGCACCACUCCACAGUUGCAUAAAGAGUACAAGCAGCUGGUGGUUGGAUCUCGAAGGGGAUGGAAACCAAAGCUGGAGAUGAUCAAAGAGACUCCUCCUCCUAUAGGCAAGAAGAGGAAGGUCAAAAUGUUACUCUCUGCCUCCAUCAGUCGUAUGAAGAGAAAAUUAAAAAAGAAUAACUCAUCCUCCUCAGAGUCUCAGCCCCACCAACUGAUCAAGAAGAAAAAGAAGAAGACCAAGAAGAGUAUGAAGAAGCCAGCGGUUUCUUCUGCUUCUAUAAAAUCAAACAAGUCUUCCAAGAACAAAUAACCUGCAUGCAUGCUGAUCCAGUUGAUCAUAAAUGGAAAUACAUACAAACGUAUGCGCAGAAACCAGAUUUUUUUUUUUUCACUUUUUUCUUCUCUCCUUAAUUUGUAGAAAUUAGUUUUUUUUUGUUAUUUUACUUUUUUUUUUUCACAUUAAGUUGUAGAAAAGUUGGUGACUUGAAAAUGCGUUAAUGAAGAUUAGAUGGAUUGUAAAAUAUAAUGUUGUUCUUGUUAGUUAAAAACAUUAUCAUCCAA